AUGGUAUUGAGAUCCCUGUCGCGCCGGAAGUCACUGCUCACACGGAAACAGGCGGAACACUUUAGCGAGUCGGAUUUUUCUGAUAAAGAGUCGAAGAAGCGUCCAUCUUGCAAGAUCGAAAGCCCUGCAGAUGGCCCCAGCCGCCAUAAGAAGCAGUGCCUCUCGUCCACGUCCGAGCUUCCACGAGCAGUCAAUGUCAACGAGAUGAGACAAGCUUAUGAAGUAGAUCACCGUCCAGUGUGUGGGAUCAGCCUGAAAGUUGAUCGUGACCAGUCAUACGUCAACCUCGUCAUGUCUGUCGUCCCCUCCCAGCCCGUUUCUCAGCUAACGCGCAGUUAUAGGCCGAUCUGCAUGCUUGGAGACGAAGGGAUGCGCGUCAUCGUCUUCACACAUCCAGAAACAACACUAGCGGACAUGCGUUGGCUUUUCGAAGAUGGCAGCACACACACAUCUGAGAUCGAGCCAGCAAGAGCAGUCAUGUGGCAGGGCGCGCAUCCAAACCUCUUCCGUCGGCAAGUCGUUGUGGUGGCCGAUGACUGUUGGUUCAAGGUCGAUCUCAACAAAGGCGACGACGUCCUGUGCCCCAAGCCCAACGCCGCGAAUCCCACGCUGUGCUUCAACGACGAAUGCCCCUUGGCCCACAGUUCGUACAUCCGAUUGACGGGAGACAUGAGACUUCGCGACAUCCCGACAAGAACAGAGACAUGGAAGUUUCCAGACACCACCAACCGCGGUCACGCCGUGGAGGCAAUUCCAUUGUGGUAA